UUCAUGCACCACUUGCCGAGUAUUUGAUUGCUUUCACGCGCACACGAGAUACCCUUUCCUUUUCCGUAAUACUCAGUCACAAUGGUCAAAGAGACUCAGCUUUACGAUUCAUUAGGCGUUUCGCCUACAGCAACACAGGAGGAGAUCAAGAAAGCAUACCGAAAGUCUGCGCUCAAAUGGCAUCCCGACAAGAACAAGGACAACCCACAGGCGGCCGAGAAGUUCAAAGAAUGCUCGCAGGCAUACGAAAUCCUCUCUGACCCCGAAAAGCGCCAGACGUAUGACCAAUACGGCCUCGAAUUUAUACUGCGCGGCGGCCAGCCUGCACCAGAGGGCGCCGAGGGCCCUGGAGGCAACCCAUUCGCUGGCGGCGGCGGUUUCCCCUUCGCAGGCGCAGGGGGUAUGCCAGGCGGCGGUGGCGCACGGACGUAUCACUUCUCGACCGGCGGCGGCGGUGCUAAUGGCUUCAAUUUCUCGAACCCCGAAAGCAUCUUCUCCGAGUUCCUUCGCGGCAGCGGCGGUGGAAUGGGCGGUGACGACGACGACUUGGGCGGCUUCGGUGGUUUCGGUAUGGGCGGUAUGCCUGGUGGUAUGGGAGGCUCGCGCGGUGGCCGAGGACCGGGCGGACGCUUCUCGGGAGGCAGGAGAGCGCCUGAGCCUGAAGUCACCGUGGUCGAGAAGCCGCUCGCGGUCACACUCGAGGAGAUGUUCAAUGGCACAACAAAGAAGCUCAAGAUCAAGCGGAAAACGUACGACCAGGCCACCGGCAAGCAGAGCACACAAGACCGGAUCCUAGAAGUGCCCAUCAAGAGAGGCUUGAAGGCUGGCAGCAAGAUCAAAUUCUCAGACGUCGGCGAUCAGGUCGAGGGCGGCACACAAGAUCUCCACUUCGUCGUCUCAGAGAAACCCCACACCCUCUUCACCCGAGAAGGCGACGACAUCAAGCGCACCAUCGAACUCGACCUCAAAGAAGCCCUGACCGGCUGGCGCCGCACAGUACAAACCAUUGAUGGCAAACAACUUAGUGUGGGCAGCGGCGGGCCCACAGGGCCUACAUGGACGGAGCGGUACCCAAACUUGGGCAUGCCGAAGAGUAAGAAGCCUGCUGAGCGGGGCGACUUCAUCGUUGGGGUCAAGAUCAAGUUCCCCACCAGCUUGACGAGCCAGCAGAAAGAACAACUGAAGGCGAUUUUGUAAUUUUUGCUACAUGAGCGGUUGGCGUUGGCGGUGUCCUGAUUUGACGGGUGUCGAUUCGAAAUCCGAUGAUCUUUCUUUCGUAUGUUUAUAUUGGAGCGUUGCAGCAAGCGGUUUGGAGCAAAAGAAGACGAGUGUAGACGAUAAGAUGACUAACGAACAAUUCAUUGCAUAUCACGACACCUCACUCAACACCCUGCAUCCUGAUCAUGG